UCUCUUUAAGUUGUCUUUCUUGUUCUCAUCCUGUCUUGCUAACAAGCUGUUUAUAUAGAACUAGUUUGAGAAUGAUGUUAAUGUAACCCAAUUCAUCUCAAAUUAUCAUUUAAAUAUUGUUUGCAAAUUACCAUCUUGAAUUGCUAUAUUGUUAUUUAGAGUAUCCAUAUGUUGUGAGCGAACUGGAAAAUGCCAAGCUUGCAGCUAUGCAAGAAAGAUUUGGACGAGAGAUCCACGUUUUUGAAACAUUAGCUUUGGCUUCAUCAUCAAAUGCUCCAUUAUCCAAUGGAGAGGAGACCGAUGACUUCUAUGACCUUACUGCUGAAGAUUAUUACAGACUUUUGGCUUCUAAAAAGGAAGAUAAAUUCUUGAAGACUCGAAAAAUCCUUGAAGCAGAAGAGGCAGCUCGUAUGUCAAGAACAACCAAGACUGUAAUUAGAGUACGCUUCCCUGAUAAUCUCACGUUGGAGGCUACCUUCCACUCAUCAGAAACACUCCAGAGUUUAGUUGAUCUCCUCACUAAAGUGAUUACACAGCCAAAGCAGCUAUUUUAUAUAUAUACUACUCCACCUAAGAAGGUGAUAAAUGACUUGUCUCAAAAUUUCUAUAAUGCUGGCUUUUAUCCUGGUGCCAUUGUGUACUUUGCAUAUCAUGUCCCAAAAGGUGGUAGCACAGGGGGUGACCAUAGUGGUCCUUACCUCCAAGAAGAGCUCUUGUCCCUGAAGCAAUUUGAGCCUAAAUAGUCAGCACUAGAACUUGCUGUGCCAACGCAAUCUGCCCCUUCUAUACUCUAUCUAUUCAUACUGAUUGUUCAUAUUGAGGUUCUCCUUGAUGCUAUUAAUAGCAUGUUCAUGCAAAGUUCACAAAAUUAAAUCAUAGUUGCUUUUCUCUUCUUCAGCCCUGCUUCCUUUUGUUUUCUCCAUGUAUUUGUAGAUAAUGUUUGAAAGUGUUGGAUGUGUUUCUUUUGGUGACUUCAAAGUCUCAGAGUGGAUGUAUGUGUUAUUUCAAUGUUAUAUUAUAGCUGUAGAAUUUUUCUUUGGAGAAUGCACGCAUUUCGGUGAUGUUAUUUGCUUAUUAAUAUUUCUUUCUGUAUGGGCUUUGGUCAUGCACAUUAGACUUACAAGUUAUCUACCAUAAUGACAAAAUUAGUUUGGGUUUUUUUUUUCGGCUA